CUCUGAGCGGUGCAGAGCUGACGCACUAAAGCUCCGAGAGGGGAGGGGAAGCAGACAGCAGUGGCCAGAUGGAGCUGUGUUUGUUUUGAAGUAGCUGACUGCUGCUGAGAGCAGGACAGACUGGCGCUGGUGUGUGUUAAAGGGGGGGAAGUAAAACAACACUGCUCUCAGUCCUGGCAACAAUGGGUCAACAAACUACUGAUUUCUGCCUCUGAGGACGGCUCUUCUGCUAUGUUGUAGCUUCUGGGCUCAGUGUGGAGGCACUCUAUGCGGAUCAAGGUCAGGAAGAGCCAGCAGCAGCCUCAGGGAAGAGUCCCUUCUGCAACCGGGGACCUGCAGAGGCACGUGGACUUUCCAUGGUGUAGGCCCGCGUCAGCCAUGGAGGGCCGUACGACUCUGGAGAGGAUGUGAGGACUGGGGCUACGGUCAAUGCCUCCCACCACUACUGGUUCCCCAGCCUGAUCGUGUGCUAGAGACGGAGGGAAUGGGCCCAGCCUCGCUGCAGGAGGAGAGGGAGCUGGGCAAGAAGUCCAAAGAGGAGAUGGAGGGCUACAGCUGCCUCAUGCAGGCAGGCUCCCAGUUGGAGAACACCCUGCUGCAGGUGACUGUUCCUGUGAGCAUGAAGGAGGUGGGCGUGGGGAAGACUCUAGUGUCAUCAUCACCCUCCCAGAGUGCUCAGCCUUCAGUGACAUUCCAGAAGAAGCUUUAGCCAAAGUCUUUACAUACCUCACUCUCAUUCCUCGAACGAGGCAACCAGGAGUCAAAUUUAUCAUCAUUUUAGACAGAAGACUCGAUACGUGGACAUCUAUCAAAACUGCACUUGCCAGGAUAGCUGCUUCCUUUCCCGGGAACCUUCACCUGGUUUUGGUGCUCCGACCCACCAGCUUCUUCCACCGUACUGUUACAGAUAUCGGUUUCCGCUUUAGCCAAGACGACUUCAUGCUUAAGAUGCCAGUGGUGAUGCUGAGCUCUGUCACGGACCUUCUGCGCUACAUUGACGAGAACCAGCUGACAUCAGAGUUUGGAGGAACUUUAGACUACUGUCACAGUGACUGGAUCGUUUUACGAACGGCAAUUGAAAGUUUUGCAGUAACAGUCAAAGACAUUGCUCAGAUGCUGCAGAGCUUUGGCUCAGAGCUGGCAGAGACGGAGCUGCCUGACGAGGGAAAGGCCAUUGAGCGUCUCCUGGAGGCUCACACAGAAAAGUACAGAAAGCUCAAGGUGAGGCUUCAUUCACCAUGCAUUUGCCAAUAUCAGCAUUGUAUGGUCAUUAUCUUUUCUCUUAAAGGAUGCAAUCAGGUCAGUUUCAAAGGAGGGCCGCCAUCUUCUCUCCAGCCUUGAGACGUCUGAGAAGGAAGAUGUUUCUCAAUGGGAUGUGAAGCUUGACUGGGAGACUGUGCAGAGACUUCUUGCACAGCUCAGAGACAUGGAGUCAGCCUUCGAUGGCUUCUUUGAGAAGCAUCACCUAAAGCUCCAUCAGUACCUUCAGUUGCUCAGAUAUGAGCAAAGCUUUCAGGAGAUGGACUUGUGUCUGGAGCAUCUCAUGUGUCAGGAGAAAGAAUUGAGCAUAAAUGUGAACACGCUUGCUGAGACAGAGCAGGCUCUCAAAAGGCUGGACAGCCUGGAAUCUAAUGCACAGGAGGUGAUGGCUCGAGCCCAGAUCAUCAUCCUCCAUGGUCAUCAGCUAUCGGCUGGUCACCACUACGCCAUGGCCCUCAUUAUGCAGCGCUGCAAUGAGCUGCGCCACCACUGUGAUACGCUCUCUGCUGCUCUAAAGACGAAGCACGCGCUCCUCCUGCAGACGCACCGGCUGUUUCUUUGUCUCGAGCAGGCCCAAGCUUGGUGUGAUAAUGGAGCAUACAUGUUGGCCAAUCAGCUGGCAGAUAAAUUCCAGUCAAAAGAGGGGGCUCAGGCAGCCUUGAGGGACAUUGAGAAGUUUUUGGAGGAGACACCAUCCAUGCUGACCUCGGGUCUUGAUAUUUUGGCCAUUGAGUAUGAGUCGGUCAUCACGCCUCAGCUGCAGGCUGAGAUCGAGAAGAUGUUUGAAAAGCACACGGCAGUGCAGCAGAUGAUCCAGAGCAGGCAGACCAGUCUAAAGAAGCUGGCUGACAAACACGUGAGACCCAUCCAGCUGGUGGCUCCCAGACCCGAAAACCCACCACGCUCGAAGUCCCCACUCUUCUCUCCAAAGCAUAGUGACGGUUUGAAGUUUACUUUCGAUCUUUCUCUUCCUGGAAAGAGAGCGUCUCGAAAAAGUCCUAACGCCAGAAAAAUCGAGGUGAUGCAUGACUACCAGGAAAGCCGGAGCUUUGUGUCCUACACUCUGGAUGGAGAUGACAGCCCAGAUCUUUUGAAGCGUCAUGUAAUGAGAGAACUCAUAGAGACUGAAAGGAUCUAUGUGGAGGAGCUGCUGUCUGUCCUGCUGGGUUACAGGGCUGAAAUGGACAAUCCGGUUCUGUCGGGGCUCCUUCCUCCAACGCUCCGCAGCAAGAGAAAUAUUCUCUUUGGAAACAUGCCUGAGAUCUACAAUUUUCACAGCAGGGUUUUCCUCCAGGACCUAGAAGGAUGCCUCGAGGCUCCAGAAGGUGUGGGGGCAUGUUUUCUUCAGCGGAAAGAAAGCUUCCAAAUGUACGAGUGCUACUGUCAGAAUAAGCCGCGCUCGGAGGCUCUGUGGAGACAGUUCUCAGACUGCAGCUUCUUCCAGGAGUGCCAAAGAAAGCUAGAGCACAAGCUGGGCCUGGAUUCCUACCUGCUGAAACCGGUCCAGCGUCUCACCAAAUACCAGCUGCUGCUGAAGGAGCUACUGAAAUACAGCACCGAUGGCGAGGGGACCUCAGAGCUGCAGGGUGCGCUGACAGCCAUGCUGGAUCUGCUCAAAUCAGUCAACGACUCCAUGCAUCAGAUUUCCAUCACAGGAUAUGAGGGUGACAUCUGCGAGCUUGGCCGUGUGCUGAUGCAGGGCUCCUUCAGUGUGUGGAUGAGCCACAAAAGAGGCCCCACGCGCAUGAAGGAGCUGGCUCGCUUCAAGCCAAUGCAGAGGCACCUCUUCCUGUAUGAGAGAGCCCUGCUGCUGUGCAAACGACGCGAGGAGCACGGAGAGGGCAGCGACAAGACCCCUUCAUACAGCUUCAAGCACUGUCUCAAGAUGACAGCCGUGGGGAUCACAGAGAACGUCAAGGGAGACGUGAAGAAGUUCGAAAUCUGGUACAGUGGAAGGGAGGAGGUGUAUGUGGUUCAGGCUCCUACUGUAGAGGUGAAGAUGGCUUGGCUCAAUGAGCUUCGAAGAAUUCUGACCAAUCAGCAGAAGCUGCUUAGAGAUGAAGCUUAUCAGCAAGGCCAAAUGGCAGAAUACAUGCAGCUUUCUCCUCCCCUCACCGAGAGCAAACAGCAGAGAGCGUCAGUGAGUUCAGACGACACUGAAUCAGGAAGGAGCAGUCCAGACCCCCAGCCGCACUCCCCAAAGCACCAGCACAACCGUAGGAGUUGGCCCGGAGCUCAUCACUCGGUAGACAUCUGCGAGGGUCUGGAGGAGUGGUCUGGAGGCCGGGACCCCUUCCACCCAUCUGAUGCAGAGGACGACAUUUCAGUGCCUCUGUCUCCAGGCAGAUACAGGGCAAUGGCCGACGCUCCCCAAAACGGACCAGACAGCAUCACCAUCAAAUGUGGAGAUGUCGUCCAACUACAAUGUGAAGACAACAGGGGGCGCUGGCUGGUGAAGAAUCUGAGUCGAGGGCAGGAUGGCUUCAUCGCUGCUGCCAGCCUGCGGCUGAUCAUAAGAGACAGCAGUCGAGAAAACUCCCCCAGACUUGAAGAUACCGGCAACCUGAAGGUGAGGAAGCUGAGCUCCCCGUAGAGAAGAAAGCAGAGCGUGGAUCUAAUAUUUACCUGUGACUGAUGAGCAGGCGGGAGGAGCGGACUGAGUCAUCCACAUCUCAUCCCUGUCAGCGGGCUUCUCCCCACUCCUCCGUGCACCUGCUUUUGUUCGCACAUCAAAGACAAAAAUGUGAACAUCCACAGAUUUGCUUUCUCCUUCGACUUUCAUCGAUGAUCUUCCGACCGAAUGCUUUUAGACAGAAAGGCACCAGCACAUUGUCCUAUUGGACAAUCAUGAGCCAACCCCCUGGAUCCAGUUCGGUCUUCCUCUUUUCGGACAUGUAUAUUACUGUUUGGUCCCUCUGGCACUGAAUCCACGACAUAUGCAGUCAUUAUUUCACAAACUGUGGACUCUGCUCAAGCUGAAUCUUGAGGUUUGAGCGUGUGUGUGUGUGUUUGUGUGUGUGUGUGUGUGUGUGUGUGCGUCCCUUCCAGUUUUGUGCUGGACUGAUGGUAAACUAAAAUAUGCCUGAAAUGUUUCUUUAAAACAGAGACUGUUGUGUAAGC